CUCAUUGAGAGCAAGGGAGAGAAAGGGAUGUCUCCAAAUUCAGGAAACUGUUGCCAUAGCAUUUUCUCUUCUCUAUUCCUACAUAGCCCUCCUCCCUCAAAGCAGCAACAAUUUUUGCUCCACCGUUUUCUUCCAGGAACCAGAUGCAUUUUCAGAAGACUAACUCCAGUGGUAUGGUAUCUACACCAUGUAAUAACUGUACCUGAUAAGGAGAUUUAAGAAGUCUGAGGGUGGUGUUAAGUUUCUCAGAACAGACGCAUAUUUGCGGAUGCAAUUGCAGAACAGGAAACAGAACCAGGGAGAAUUUUAGGUACCCCCAAAUCUCAUUGGCCCUCCGCACAAGCCAAGCCACAGCCACUCCUGCCACACAAUCGGAUUGCUUUCAGCACUCGCAGCCGUGGACAGCUCCCUCGCCGCGCGGUCCUUUCCUCUGCAGUGAGCUGAUUUGCUCUGCCAGCAGCUGUCGGUGCCGCACUCCACACGGAGUCCUAGCCAGCGCUCACAGAAUACGCGCUCCCUCCCUCCUCCUUCUCUGUCCCCCGCCCCUCGCUCACCCCGGCCCACUCCAGCGGCGACUUUGAGGGAUUCCCUCUCGGGCGGCCUCUGCAGUAGCACAGCUGGCCUCAUUCGCUGCACUGCGAGUAUGGAUCUCCAAGGAAGAGCGGUCCCCAGCGUCGAUAGACUUCGAGUUCUCCUGAUGUUGUUCCAUACAAUGGCUCAAAUCAUGGCAGAACAAGAAGUGGAAAAUCUCUCAGGCCUUUCCACUAACCCUGAAAAAGAUAUAUUUGUGGUGCGGGAAAAUGGGACGACGUGUCUCAUGGCAGAGUUUGCAGCCAAAUUUAUUGUACCUUAUGAUGUGUGGGCCAGCAAUUACGUAGAUCUGAUCACAGAACAGGCUGAUAUCGCACUGACCCGGGGAGCUGAGGUGAAGGGCCGCUGUGGCCACAGCGAGUCGGAGCUGCAAGUGUUCUGGGUGGAUCGCGCCUACGCACUCAAAAUGCUCUUUGUAAAGGAAAGCCACAACACGUCCAAGGGACCUGAGGGGACUUGGAGGCUGAGCAAAGUGCAGUUUGUCUACGACUCCUCCGAGAAGACCCACUUCAAAGACGCAGUCAGUGCUGGGAAGCACACAGCCAACUCACACCACCUCUCUGCCUUGGUCACCCCCGCUGGGAAGUCCUAUGAGUGUCAAGCUCAACAAACCAUUUCACUAGCCUCUAGUGAUCCACAGAAGAUGGUCACCAUGAUCCUGUCUGCGGUCCACAUCCAACCUUUUGACAUUAUCUCAGAUUUUGUCUUCAGUGAAGAGGCAAUAUGGUAUCAUAUUGGAGAAGAAGACCGCAAUGCUGGCAUCAUGAAGUUCUAGGUCUGCCACUCUUUCUGAUACACUGUGUCAUCUCAGGUCUUGUCCCUGGAGCAAUGGAUGUGUCGGUCCAGUCUGACCCUCAAAGUGUUGGGACUCAUUAGAAUGGAAUCAAAUAGUGGGGGAAAAAGUUCCCUGCAAAUUCUUUUCCAACCUUUUGGUUAUAAUAAGAAGAAAGGCUCAGUUUAGUCCUAAUAAGUCCUUAACAUUUCUUUACCAUUUGCCAAACUAUCUUUUAAAAAAGCUAUUUCUAGAAGAAUGUGUUUUUCUAUUAUAUAUAUGUAUAUUGUAUAGAUACAUAUACAUAUAUGUAUUUUUAUACACAUAUACACAUAUGAAAAGUUGUAUUUAGGUACAAUUGUUGUAUGCAUUUAAGCAUGUAAUUUAAUAAAUAUUGACUUAUGAAUACACCUGUGAAGCCAUCACCACAAUCAAGAAAUCAACAUAUUCAUCACCCUGGAAAGCUUCCUUGUGCCCCUUUGUAAUAAGUAUCCAGCUCGUUGAAUUUUCAGAUGCUGGAUGAACCUCUGCAACCAGCAUGCAGAUCAGGAAACCGAACUGACAAACUCUCCUUUCUGCUCCACCUUGGGAUUCUGCAGCCUUUUAAUGCCAGUAGUUUAGGUCUGUUAAGUGCUGCCCCAACUAUAGUGUUAAGUUGUUUGAGUUCAGAUCAGACUUCAUUUACCCCUGUGCAAACCACUUAUCAUCGUUAUGACUUGAUUACCUUAUGUGUAAAAUGAGUAUAAUAAUAUUGUGUACCUCAGAGGGUUAACCAGAUAAUCUUUGUGCUUAGAACUGACUGUUAAUUUAGGGACUAGGAAUGUCAAGUAUACAGUUUUCAAAAGCUGUAUAUGUGAAAGUAAGUCUCCACUAAUUAUUAUUAGAGAGAAAAGCUCAUCCCUUUUCCUUUCUGCUGAUCUCAGGCAAGGUGAGAGAAGGGACUAUGUCAAUAGAGAUUCUGGAGGAGACUGGCAUACAGUAGAUACUUAAUAAAUGUUUACUUGGUCAUCUGGACUUUAAAAACUUGGACUUUAUGAAGAGACAUGUAAAGCUUGUUUAUUUUUCACUUGUGGCUCCUGAUUUUGGUUAAAAGGACACCAGUUACCCACAAGAAGCAAAUGAGCCUGUUCUGGUUUCUAGGAAUGCAGUUCUGGUUAGCCUGACAAACUGACUAGAACGUCUCCCAAGAAUAGUUUUUUGUUGUUGGUGGUUCUAUGUAAAAAAAUGGAGACUCAGCACUACGAAGCUAUCUUGAAUUUUAGGAGGAUGAAAAAUAAAUCAAUGCUGAGGUGCUGCUAACAUUUGUGUUCUUGAUCUAGAUGUUGGUUACAUGAGAUGUUUGUAAAAAUUCAUCAAGCUCUACACUUACUUAAAAAGUAUAGUAUAAUUUACAUAUAUUACACGCACCCCUAUGUUUAUCCCAGCAUUAUUCACGAUAGCAAAGUUAUGGAAUCAACCUAAGUGUCCAUCAACGGAUGAACACUUAAACAGAUAAAGAA